CGUAGAAGAUGAGGUUGGAGAGAGUAGAAGCGUAUAACCCCUUCGCUAGGUAGUAUCACAUUAUCUGCUUGAUUAUCAUCUUUGUUGUAAAGUCAAUUGUUAUCUAAUUAAAGAAAACGUCACGGAUUAGAUAAGUGGUUUUCAUAAUUCUGUUAAUUAAAGCUUUAUAUCCAGUAAUUAGUUUUGUUUGUUGUCAUGUCACUUUCUUCUCUCUUUUUUUUUUUUUUGAAUUAGCUUAAUUUUCCGCGUCAAGAAUGGAAAAUGGAUAAUGUAACCAUAUCAAAUACCUGUAAUAGCUCAAAAAACCAGCUUUCGCAAACAUUCAUAUGAAUGUCAAUGGAAUAGACCAAAACCCCUAUUUUGAUUCUCUUUCUCUCUGUCUUUUCCAUGUUUUCGGGUUAUUGUUUUAUCAGAUUGAAGGGUUUCAAAGAAAACUUGAAACCCCAUCACUUUUUUGUUUUCAGCAAUCCUGGUCUAGUUGCUGCCAUUGGCGUGAGGUAAGUUCUUCAAUGCAAAAUGGCUACUGGGAAGCAAAAUCUAGCUGAAGAUGAUGGUGGAGACCCUUUGAAGAACAGGUUUGGUGGACCAAAUCUCAAGGCUGGAGGAGAUUCAACUGAAGACAAGUGCCCUAAUUUGCACCAGAAAUUUGAUAAUCAUCCUAUGGAAGCUCCGCCACUUGCAGAUAUGAACUCUGAGGAAUAUUCUGAGAUAUCAAAAUUUCCCCAGAUUCCAACCCGUUCUUCAAAAAGACUGGCUUUCUCCCCUCUAUCUUCCCCAACUUUUUCUAUUGCUGCAGUGUCCCCAGGCACUUCACCGUCUGAAAGCAAAUCAAAUGCAGAAGGAACAAACAUGAAUUCCCAACAUGCAAAUUUAAGGCCAGAUGUUGAAAUGUCUCCAACCAUACCCUGCGAAGUUUCUCAUGUAGUUGCAUCGCAGAGACCGAGAAUAUCGAGGUCAUCAUCGCUUACAAAAAUUUUCAACCCAAAAUUGAAAAGAGCAGCAGAUCCAGGAUCCUCAUAUGAAGGGGCCAUAAGUGAACCUCCCAUCCCAAUUAGAGAAUUGGCUCAAAGGUCAAUGCAUCGAUCCCAUUCAGUACCUUUGAUCAGAAAAGAUGGAAGUGUAUUGUUACGUGGUAAUAUUGUUCGUCUGAUUCCAAUCUCUCCACAAAUUGGCAAAGAGAUUCAUUUGACCCCAUUUAAAUCACCAACAUAUCAUAAUGAUGAAAAUAUAGACACUGGUGAGCAUAUUUCAGAAGAGGCUGUUUGUCGAAUAUGCUUGAUUGAGUUCGGGAACAGUCCGGAGACUUUCAAGAUGGAAUGUAACUGCAAGGGUGAACUUGCUCUGGCUCACCAAGAAUGCGCUACCAAAUGGUUUAGCACUAAAGGUAACAGAAUAUGUGAUGUGUGCAGGCAAGAGGUUCAGAAUCUUUCGAUUGAGCUGUUACCUGUGCAUGCCGUUCAAAUCUACAACUUCCAAGGAAGUGAAGCCAAUCCGGUUGCCAUUACUAGAUACAGGGUUUGGCAGGAUGUUCCUUUUCUCGUUAUCGUCAACAUGCUAGCUUACUUUGGCUUCCUAGAGCAACUUCUGGCUGGUAAAAUGGGAUCGAGUGCUCUAGCUAUUUCUCUUCCAUUUUCUUGCAUAUUUGGUCUUCUUGCAUCCAUGACUGCAGCAACAAUGGUAUUGAAGGAGUAUAUAUGGAUUUAUGCAGCAGUCCAGUUAUCUUUGGUGAUCGCCUUUUCUCAUGUUUUCUACUCAAAGCUUCACAUGCAGGCUAUUGUAGCUGUUCUUCUUGCCACAUUUUCGGGCUUUGGAGUUACAAUGGCUCUUAGUUCCAUUCUUGAAAAAAUUCUUCGACGAACGAGACCAUGGCUCGAUCAAUCAACUCAUCAAACCACAGAUGGAUCAUUGACAACAGACCAUGCCUCCAAUGCAAGCAGAUCCUCCACUUGGUCUUCAACGGCAACUCAAGGUCCCACUGCAGUCUGAAACAGCACCCGAUACCUUGCGCCCGAGCCAAAUCGAUCCUCCUGGUCAAGAUAUCCAAAUGGGAACUUCAGAAGCCUUGCCCCAGCCGUUGACAUGGAGUUCAAGUCUUGUAUAUAUGCUUUACCAACUUUUGUGUAUUUCAUCCCCUUGAUGCUAUAUAGCUGAUUUAUGUAAAUAAUUUUUCGAUGGGAAAUUUAUAUAUAUUAUAUAAAUUUAUCAUACAUUCUUAUAUAUAGUUUAUUUUGGAAACCUAUUUGGGUCUUUUAAAGCUAUAUUAGACAAUGCCACUAUUCUACUUAUACAUACAAAAUGAAGAAAUUUAUA